AUUGAACUAUAAUUGUGUAAUUUUUUGUAUCCUGCAGCGGGCUAUCAAUUUCGUCUACCUAUAGCAGAGAACUAUGAUGGAUGCAGUUCUAUCAAUAAUUGUAAAUCGUUCCCUAUAACCUUUUAUUACUCACUUUCUGAGUACUUUUCACUAUCACGAGGAAGCGAUUAUUUUACAUGUUUACCAGUAUAAACUUACUUUGUGACAUUCAGUGGCACUCGUGACUGACGAAAAAAUUGACAUUUUUCCGGGCUACAUGUCGCUGCCGCCGAGCGUGGCCAUGUUUCUGGGAGACAGGCAGGCCAGAGAGAUGAACGCGAGCGACUUGAACCUGUCGCGCAACUUGAGCGUUCUGUGGAACGCGAGCGGUGGCCUGAACUUUGACUUGAUCCUGAAGUUCGAGGGCAAUUUACGGCUCGACGGAGCUCUGCUCGCCGCUCUUCUGCUCGUUUACGGCGCCGUCAUCACCGUGGGUGUGGCAGGCAACUCGCUCGUCGUGCUCGCCGUCAUCAGGAAGCCCGCCAUGAGGACCGCCAGAAAUGUCUUCAUCAUCAACUUGGCCAUCUCAGACCUGGUGCUUUGUCUGGCCACCACUCCACUCACGUUGCUCGAGAUCGUCCCUCAAUACUGGCCGCUCGGGGACACCCCCUUCUUGUGCAAGCUGGUGGGCACUCUGCAGGCCACGUCCAUCUUCGUCUCCACCAUAUCCAUCACGGCUAUUGCACUCGAUCGUUAUCAUGUAAUUAUUCACCCGACACGUCGCGCGCUGGGCACCUCGGGGGCGCUGCUGACCUUACCGGGCAUUUGGGCGUGCGCGCUGUUGCUGGCGAUGCCACAGUUCCUCUUCAGGACGCUGCAACACCACGACAUUGGCUUGCCAGUUCUGAGCAACAUCGUUGCUUAA